AUGAAUCAGGGACAAUCUCAAAGUGCAUCUAAUAAACAACUUCCACCGGGGUUUUGUUCUGCAACAUGUAUUGACAGAACUAGUCUUCAGCAGGAAAUAAACAAACCUGAACUGAAGACUUCAGAUAUGUUUGCUACUUGUAACUUACCAAAAAGAUUUGAACAUCCACAUUGGUUCAACGGUUACGGAUGUCAAGUAAAUAAGCAGCAUCCAUUUUAUAGAACGUCAUCGAGCGAAUACGGAUUUUAUCCACCGGGAUUCUAUUCUGUGCCUUCAGUGUUCUUUCCCGCCGGCCAAACAUUUACAAACCGCCUCGCAGCCGCGGGAAUGUACAGAAACUACAGCCUUAACACUGGCAUGGAUCCCGUCGGCUAUCGUUAAUCAUAUUCAAUUUUCUUAUUUCAUUUUAAUUUAGUUUUUAUAAAAAUAAAUGAACAAAAAUA